UAUCCUUUAAAAUAUAAAAGGUUAAUUUUCUUAAGAUUUUAUUUCAUUGAUAAACCAAUACCAGAGGGAUGCCACAAUGAAUAGCUUUUUGGGUUGACCUACAAACUGAUGUAAAGACUGAUCAACUCUAUUGCUAGUAAAAUAAAAAGAAGAUAAAAAAAUAAAUAAAAAAAAUUACGAUUGUUGCUGAUAUCACAUGCUGAAACAAUUUAGUUGAGUAAAGUUUAAAGUUAAAUUCCUAUAGGCUAUGGUCAUUUUGAUUUGAAAGUCUCUCACACAGUCUUGGCGCCAUCUUGUGUCUCAGUUAUCAAGUGUAGUGAAAUAAAUAAUAGGCUACAAUUACAAAUUAAUUUGAACUCAAAUCAAAAAUUAAUACCCAUGAAUUCAUUUGAUGAAAUUCAAUAGAUUUUGUAAUCUUAUUGUCUCUCUUUCUCUCUUUUUUUCAUUACGCUAUUGUCUCAGUCGUUUCAUCAUUUAAUUUUUUUGUUAUUUUUUUCUCGCAGUUUCUCUUUCAUUUUGGGUGCUUGUUAAUUACAUUAACGAACAGAAGUAAUAUCCUGAAUUUACUAUAUUUUGGAUGACUUUACAUGACGAUACAUUAUUCUUCAGAAGAAGUUGUAGGCUGUGUGAAAUGAAGUUCCCAUUUUCCCCGCCCUCAUCUUGAGUAAAAUUCCUACAUUCUGAAAAAUAGGCUAGUUGAAUAACUCGUUCCUUGUUUCCUGGCUCAGCCUAUGUCUUUGAAGAACAUGUUUUAACAGCUUGAGAAGAUCAUGAUCAAAUUAUUAGUUUUUCUAUGUGUGCUUCAGUCAGCUCCAACAACUGUAUCAACUGGUUCUCAUUCUUUGCGGUUGCUUGUAACAUACAUUAAAGGAGAGACAACAUUUCCUGAAUUUAGUGUCACAUUUAUGUUGGAUGACAUUACAGUUGGCCACUAUAAUUCAGAGACAAAGAGAUACAUUCCACGAGACAAUGCUACAAAUGAAGAUGAGAUCAUUUCUUACAUCUUUUAUGCAAUGAGGCAUGAUUUGCACCCUGUCCUUAUGAGAAGACUGACAUUUAAAAACUAUACAGAAAGUGUUCAGCUUUAUCAGGUGAUGAGCCAUUGCGAGCUGUGGGACAAUGAUAAGCCUGGACAAAUGAUUUCUAAGUUUGCUUUUAGCGGCUCUACUACAGAUGAAAUACGUUUGUAUGACAACAAGUUUACAUAUGAGAGCCCAAAAGAAAUGGCAACACUAUCGCUGGAGCUGGUCAAAUGGCGUCAUGAGACUAUAAACUACCCAUGUUGCAUAGCAACUCUCAGAAAUUACCUUAAAAAGAGAAAAUCUCAAGUGAAUAAGAAAGUGAAACCGCGAGUCAGACUCAUUCAGAAAGCAAACACAAAUUCUGGAGGGUCUCGUGUGAGUUGUUUGGCGACAGGAUUUUACCCUCGUCACAUCAACCUGACCCUGUUCAGAGAUGGACAGCCUGUAUCUGAUCAUGAGAUCACUGGAGGAGAUCUGCUGCCCAAUGGUGACGGGACGUACCAGAUGAGGAAGAGUCUGGAGAUCAGUGCAGACAAACACAAAUACACCUGCUCUGCCACACACCUCAGUCUGGACAACAAACUGGACGCCACUUUGGAAUUUGAUCCGGGUGAACCAUUUAAAUCAGUGAUUCCCUCAGUGCUGAUAGUUUCGGCUGUAAUGUUGGUGUUUGGGACUGGAGCCGUCAUAUAUAAAUACAGGAGACAAGCAGCAUCAUCUAAAGGUGAUUAUUCCUCUGCUUCGACAUCUGAAGAAAGCACUGACACAAAAUCAACAUGAAGCACAACAGGAAACAAAGAUGAGUGAAGCAUUUAGUAAAUGAACUAAGAACCUCUACCAAUUGUAAAAUUAAGAUGAUUGGAUUAUAAAGUAAAAAGAGUAACAGUAUUAACACAGUACAUCGUACUGCAGCAGCUACAAUCCUGUGAUGACAAAUGAAUCUUUUUUAACAUUUUGUACGGAUGCUCCUAGCAUUGCCUGCAUCUCAUUGCUUCUGCACCAUCCACGUGAAUGGCUUUGCGUCAUUAAUUUUGGAUUCAGUUUGCAGCUCCGCUUAAAUUUUACCUAUCAAAAUUUUUGGAUUCUCAAAAGCUGGUUUUGCAAUAGCACACAGAAGAUGUCUGAGACUUUUGAUUGGUUUAUAUGUAGAUAUGUAAAUAAUUUUAGACAUAAUUAUAACUAAUUAUGCCAUUAUUCAAAUCCCAAAGGAUUUUACCAUACACUGUAAGAAGAUUACUGGUAUACAUUUUACAAAAAAAAUACUAUUCCAGUACUUCACAUUUAAUUAAAUGUGUUCCUUGCUGUUUCUUUGUAAUUAUUUUGUGAAAUUUACUAACAAUUUCCAAGUAAAAUUGUUUAAAAGUACA